AUUUUCUUGAUUGUUCUUGUUGUCUAUUCUGCUUGGGUUUCUCCAUUCGAAUUUGGAUUCCUUGGGCAUGCGAAGGGAACUCUUGCCCUGGUGGACAAUAUCGUCAACGCCUUCUUUGCCAUUGACAUCAUUUUAACCUUCUUUUUGGCCUACCUUGAUAGAACAACUUAUCUGCUCGUUGACGAUCCUAAGCUAAUAGCAUGGAAAUAUUUGACCAGUUGGUUUGUUCUUGAUGUUGCUUCCACUAUCCCUUCCGAACUUGCACGCAAAUUGUUUAAUGUCUGGCUGCAGGAGGAGAGAACUGCAGCAAUCUCACUUGCUAGCAAAAUGGUUGAAAGCAUGAAGUCACAGGCUGUUCUGGCUCGAUUUUAUGAAGGAAAAGAACCUAUACAGUUCUUCUGUAUUUUCCAGAGCUUCCAAGUUUUCAAGGGUGGAGUUAGUUCUGGAUAUAAGAAUUUUCUUAAGGAGAACAACCUGGUAGAUGACAUAUUCAGAGGAAGGCAUUGCGGUUUUCCGUGUACAAGGUUCUGGACCAGAAAACAUGCAAGCAAUCCAAGUUGAACCUGUGGCUUCAUCUUUGAAUUCAUCAAAUUGUUACAUACUGCAUUGUGGACGUACUGUUUUUGCAUGGUACGGAAGCUUGACCACUUCAGUGGGUCAAGAGCUAGUCGAGAGACAGCUAGAUCUGAUUAAGCCAAAUCUGCAGCCAAAAACACAAAAGGAGAGAACAGAAAUUGAUCAAUUUUGGAAUUUACUUGGAGGUAAAUCUGAAUACUCCAGUCAGAAAAUUGCAAAAGAACCAGAAUAUGAUCCUCACCUGUUCUUAUGCUCAUUCUUCAAGGGAAACCUGAAGGUGGUGGAGAUUUUCAACUUCACUCAAGAUGAUUUGAUGACCGAGGAUAUGUUCAUUCUGGACUGCCAUUCUGACAUAUAUGUUUGGGUUGGGCAGCAGCUGGAUGCUAAAAUCCGGCAGCAAGCUUUAAGCAUUGUGGAGGUCGCAAAUUGUUGCCUCAUAAGCUCCGUCUCUGGCGUCUCAGAAGAGUUAGUGCACUAUUUGCAAGACUAGAGAAAGAAGGCACUUCAACUACUUUUGGGUUCGAUGUGCAAAACUUAUUUGUGUGACUCUAUUUGCUGUGCACUGUGCUGGGUGCUUCUAUUAUCUUCUCUGCAAGGUAUCAUAAUCCAAGCAGAACUUGGAUCGGUGCUUCUAUGCCAGAUUUCCACGAGCGAGGCUUGUGGAUCCGCUAUGUGACCUCGAUGUAUUGGUCAAUCACCACCCUUACAACCGUUGGUUAUGGAGACUUGCAUGCUGAAAAUACAGGAGAGAUGAUUUUUGACAUUUUCUACAUGCUCUUUAACCUUGGACUAAUAGCCUAUGUUCAGGACUGACUCAGAAGGCCUCCAACAGCAAGAGACACUGGAUGCUCUUCCCAAAGCCAUAAGAUCCAGCAUUACUCACUAUCUGUUUUACUCAUUGGUUCAAAGUGUCUACUUGUUCCAUGGAGUAUCUAAUGACCUGCUAUUCCAACUGGUAUCUGAGAUGAAAGCCGAGUAUUAUCCACCCAGGGAAGAUGUGAUCUUGCAGAACGAAGCGCCUACAGACUUUUACAUACUAGUGAUUGGCACAGCGAAAAGAGAUGGAGGUUGUUUAUGGUAACUCUCUUGACAUUAUAUAGCUUGAAAGGCGCAAGAAGAAUGGAGCAGUAUAGCAAGUUGAACAGAUUCUGAUUCUCAUAAUUUAAUGUAGCCUCAGCUUG